CUCUUCCACUCGUUGCAGCAAUGUCCUGCUUCGCCGUCUUUCUCUUCUCCGCGAGGCUUCUCGCUGAGGGCCAAACCACUCGCUGAAUGCAUUGAAUUCCGGCCCCUGACUGUUUUCGAGCGGUUCGCACUCCGGCUGACACUACUGUUUCAGCUUGGCCUAUUCUGUUUGGCUGCGCCCCCCUCCACCUCCCAAAUAUCCAUCACCGCUGCAGAGUAGCACGAACUGCGGGCAGACUGCUGCGCCUGUCCUCAGCCCGACUGCAGAAACUCGGUUCUCACUACCAUAGGGUGUUCAGAGAUCCAGCUGUUACCAUCUCAGCGCCUCCUCUCCAUCAGACAUACAUCUCAAUUGUUCAUGUUCGGCGGUCAAGCAAAGCGCUGCAUUGAUUGCUUCGACAGACUAUCGAGUUCCGCCUGCAAUAUCACUCCAUACACAGAGGACCCUCUUUUUCUCCGUGUUUGCUUGGGAAGCUGCUGUGAUCGAGAAUGUCGGGUGGCGGAAGGAACUUCUCCUUCGAGCCCGAAGAUGACCACACUCUGAACCUGCACGGACGGGACGCUCAGGCCCAGGGACAGGAACAACCGCAUCUGUCUUACCAACCCUACCAGCAGCAGUCAUACCAUGAGACCCCACCCAGGGAUUUUGUCUCUCCUCCUCCCAGAUACGCCUCUGCCUCCCCGAGUCGCGACCAACAACUCUCUCCUCCCACAUCCCCCCGUCGACGCCCUGUCCCUCAAGACACACAUCUCCUCACCGACGUCUCGCCCCCCCGAGCGCUUUCACGACGGCCAGUUCCUACAGACUACAACGACCUAGACCCUCCUCCACCUCCUCCACCUCACAGGUCUAGUCCCAACCGACUCGCGAGUGACGAUCCCUUGACCUACAACCCCUACUCGGACAGGUCUGCAGGAAUGGACUACUCUGGCAAUGGGGUACCAGGAGGGGGAUUCAACCCAGUUGCACAAGGCGUUGCCGAUCACCAUCUCCGUGAUGGUGGGCUUGAGCCUGCUCGCUCAUUUCCCCAGUCCUAUUCUCCAUACCAACAACCACAGCCCUCCUCACGGCUACCCGAACGAACAUCAUACGGCUCAACAUUCGCUCUUGCCCAUGGCGCCGCCACCCCUGGCACCAUCACUCCUUCUCCUUCUCCGGGGCCCAGAUCCUCUGGCUACUCCGGCAGAAGCAUUCCCUUGGAAGAAUAUCAUUCAAAUCCCCACCAGUCACAAUCCUACCCCAGCUACCACGACCUUCCCUAUCAGCCAAAUAACCCUGGCGGCUUCAUGAACCAAGUCGAUUUCAACCCGAACAAUAUCCUCGACGAUGGUGAUGACGGCAUGCCACCGGCUGCCGGGCAAAGAGGCAUCGGAAAGCCUGCGGCUACCACUGCAGCUGCUGCAGGAACUGCUGGUCUACUUGGAGGUCUCUUUGGCCGCAAAUCAAAGAACCACACUCCUAGUGGGACGUACGAUGCGGUGAGUGCGGCUCCUAAACCCGAGAGGAGUGAAUGGUUGGCAGAACAAACUAGAGGGAAAAGAAAGAUGAAGCUGUGGGUGGGCGUCGCUAUCGGCCUUGUUAUCGUCAUCGCCAUUGUCGGAGGCAUCCUGGGUGGUGUCCUAGGCUCAAAAAGCUCGGACAAUUCCAGUUCGUCUAGCGGCGACACUAAUAAUGCAGCCUCAGACACUGAGGCGAAUGGAGAUCUCGACAAGAAUUCGGCAGAGAUUAAGGCUCUCAUGAACAACCCGGAUCUCCACAAAGUCUUCCCGGGGAUGGACUACACCCCCUGGGGUACUCAAUAUCCGCUGUGCUUCACUUAUCCUCCCUCCCAGAACAACGUCACGCGCGACAUGGCCGUCUUGUCACAGCUUACCAAUGUGGUCCGACUCUAUGGCACUGACUGCAACCAAACCGAGAUGGUGCUCCACGCCAUUGACCGUCUUGAUCUCACCGACAUGAAGCUCUGGAUGGGUGUUUGGAUUGACACCAAUCAAACCACCACAGAUCGCCAAUUGGACCAGAUGUACAAGAUUCUGUCGGAAACCAAAGACCUCUCGGUGUUCAAGGGCGUCAUUGUCGGCAAUGAAGCUCUCUAUCGUGCAGGUGUGGACAAGGCACAAUCAGAGCAGGAACUGAUCAGCAUUCUGGACGGUGUUAGGACAAAGUUCAAGUCUCUCGGUUAUGAUCUCCCCAUUGCAACGUCAGAUCUAGGGGACAACUGGAACGCCCAACUCGUGCAAGCCGUAGACUAUGUCAUGUCGAAUAUCCACCCCUUUUUCGCUGGUGUCACGGCCGAGGUCGCGGCGAGUUGGACCUGGGAUUUCUGGCAAAAUCACGACGCCAUUUUGACCGAAGGAAUGCCAGAUGUCAAGCAACUUAUCAGUGAGACUGGAUGGCCCAGCGGAGGCGGAGAAGACUGUGGAGGCACUGACGGAUCCUGCGCGGCUGGGCAGAGCGGAUCUGUUGCGGGUGUAGAUGGCAUGAAUACCUUCAUGGACAACUGGGUAUGUCAAGCAUUGGCAAAUGGGACAGAGUAUUUUUGGUUUGAGGCAUUUGACGAACCUUGGAAGAUCAUCUAUAAUACUGCCAGCCAACAGUGGGAAGACAAGUGGGGUCUCAUGGAUCCAGGCAGGAAUUUGAAGCCGGGCCUGAAGAUUCCUGACUGUGACGGGAAGACUGUUGGAUCUUGAAUCGAAUUGGGACGGCGCAGGAAUGGGCUUUGGGGGUCGAUGUUGGCGCAGCAGUCACUUCAUGAACCAGCCUAUUUCCUGGGCUCGUUGGACACGGUCUAUGGCAUGAUAUCCACGUUGCAGCGUUUUAGGUAUUUUACUGGGAGGACAUCUGGAUCCGUGCAGUCCGCAGCGGCAUCGUUAUACGUAUCCGUUAUGCCCCGGGAAGUUGGCCGGCCGGGACGGUGUUUUACGGACAAAAUUGAAUAUGUGGACGGUAUACGAGGUUGAUGGAGUCAUGUCCACGUCUUUGGAUGCAAAGGAAAAAAGGUCACGGGCCCAGGGACUGCAUGUAUAUUACUGGCAAGGCUUUAUGGAAAACGUACAGGGUAAAAUGGCGGUGGUAUAGUUUAGUGUAUAUGGAAACCUGGACACCGACCGACAAGGGGAGUUGCUAGUGCAGAGACACUGUACCAUACAUAGCAUUCUAUCUUGCUGGGGUUUCAACUUCGCCUUAUCUGGCUGCCUACCGCGGUGACUAGAGUGACGGCGGUGGCUUGGCUGACCGGCUGAAAAC